AUGAAUGUUCUACAUUAUUCAUUAAGUUUAAGUGCUUGUCCAAAAUGUCAUUUAUUCAUUUGUAAACAUACAAGUCUAGCCGAUCUUGACUUGAGUGUCACUGAACAACAACAACAACAAGAACAAUCAAUUAGUGAAGACAACAAUACUCAAAUUUCUACAGAAAAUAAUCUUGAAAAUUCUUAUCAACAACGUUUAUUACAUGGAACAAAUUUUUAUAUAUUUCCAUCAACAACCAAUGAUAAUUAUCGUCAUAGUUGGACAACAUUUGGUACAAAUUCUAUUGCAAGUACAAAUACAUUUCAUAAUUUAUCAUCGAAUAAUGAAACAAUAUGUGAAAAUAUUCCAUUUGCAAAUGAAAAUAUAAUUAAUUCAUUAUUACCACCAACAAUAAAUCAAAUUGUUCGAACACAAUCGGAAAAAUUUGAUAAAAAAUUUCAAAAAUCAAUUUAUUUAACUAAAAGUUUUUCAUUUUCAACGUCAAAUAAUAGAUCAUUAUCAUUAGUUCCUUCUAUAAAACAUAAUGAUCAUUUAUUAACUAAAUCACAUUCAUACUCAAAUAGAUCUCUUUUAAUCAUUAUUAUUCUUAUUUUAUCAUUUCUUAUUACAAAUACAAUUGAUAUUGUUCUUCUUUACAUUUAUUAUCAUACAAAUUAUAUAUAUAUUAUUAGUUUUACUAGUACAAUUAUUUUAUGUGAUAUGAUCUUAUGGAUAAAUAACUUAAUUCAAUUAAAUACUGUACCAUCUUAUUUACUAUUAAUACCAUUUAGUAUACGUCCUUAUUUACUGUAUGAACUUGUUGAAUUAUUCACAAUUAUGUUUGAUAAAUAUUAUAAUAGACAAAUAUUAAAUUCAUCAUCAUCUUCAUUAUCAUCAACAACAUUCGAAACAAAUAUAUCACAUAGGACAGAUUCAUCUAUGAUACAUCAUUUAUCAUUAUAUAAAAGAAAAAAACAAAAAUUAUUUCAUUAUUUAACAUUAUUUUAUGCUAUUCAUACGGGAUUUUUAACUUUUUUUAAUAUUUAUUUUUGGUCAAAUAAUUUUCAACAAUCAACUAAAUCUUUAUUAAAUAUGAAUUAUUUUAUUCCUCAAUGGAUAUCAAAUAAUGAUUAUUUAUCAUCAACGUCAAUGACAAAUACAAUUCCUAGUUAUUCUUCAAUAGCACAAAAAAAAAGAUUUUAUAUAAUAGUAAAUUUUAAUAGUAUUUAUGAAAUACCUAAAGCAAUUUUUGUAUCUGAUCAUACCGAUAUAGAUAUAAAACAUUGGUUAUAUACUCUGAAUGUUUAUAAUCAUUGGCAAAUAUUUGAUAAUGAACAUAAGCAUUUAGCUCGUCGAACAAUGUCGUCGGAUUGGACUCAAUACUUAUUUUCCUCAUUUAAUCUAAUGUCUAUUCAUCUUCCUUCUUCACCAACAUUUAUUUUAACUAGUAUUUUCUACUAUUUAAUAAUAAAUUAUUCUCUUCUAUCAACAUUUCUUAUUCUUGAACGAUUUUCAUUUAAUAUUAUUUUAUCAAUUUUAUCGCGAUUAUUUUUAAUUAUUACACGUAUUUAUACAUUUAUCUUUCUUUUUCAUUUUAAUAAUUGGUUGUUGACAAUGAUUUUUUUCAUUGUACAUUUAACAUUAAUGAUUACUCGAUUAUUUCAUCGAUCAAAAUUUAAACAUAAACAAAAUACAAUGUUUUUACAAAUGAUAUUUUCUUUAAUAACACAUUAUUCAAUUGAUGAUAUAACAAUUAAUGCAUUGAUAUCAUUAGAAAAUCUAUCCAUAUUUCUAUAUUGUCUUUAUCUUGAAACAUUUUCUUUUAAUCAUAAUGAACUAACAUUACGUUUAAUUAUUUUUAUAUCAAUACUUAUAUCAUUACAAAUUAUUGGUUUUAUAUUUGAUAUUCUAUCAAAAAAUAUUCUUUAUCGAACUAAAACAAUAACGAUAGUAUAA